GUCCGAGUCUUGAGAUUAUUAAUAGACCUGGUUCCUCCUCCUUCCUGCCCAUUGUAAGGAAAACUGUUCCUUCGUAUGCUUGUGACUGAAUUCAUGGCUAUCGAGCUCAUACAGCCACCCAUCAGAGCUUGUCAUGUAGUACCUACAACACACAAGAUGAGAAAGAUGAUAAAAACUAGCAGAGCAACCCCAGCCACCCAUUUAAAGCUCAAGAAGAGCUCAGGAUUAGGUGAGCAGGCUUCUGGGCUUAGACCCACUUACAUCGUUAGAGCUGCAGAACGGGGUUCUGGUUUGGUUGGGGAACAAGAAGCAGAGGUAUCAGAAGAGUCCAAGGCAAUCCCCCAGAUCAAAGCAGCUCUUAAUCAGGCUUUACAAGGCAUCAACAGAGGCAUUUUUGGAGUCCCAUCGGCAAAGAAGUCUGAAAUUUUAGGUCUGGUGGAGCUGCUGGAGGCCCAGAAUCCAACUCCUGAUCCUACUCAAGAUCUAAACAAGGUGGGUGGAUGCUGGAAACUCAUCUACAGCACAAUUUCGAUUCUCGGUGCGAAAAGGACCAAACUAGGAUUACGAGAUUUCAUUUCUUUGGGAGAUUUUUUCCAGAAUAUUUACGUUGCUGAGGGUAAAGCAGUUAAUGUGAUAAAGUUCAACGCAAGAGGAUUGAGUUUGUUGAAUGGAGAGUUGAUCAUUCAAGCCUCCUUCAAGAUUACAUCCAAAUCAAGAGUUGAUAUAGAGUAUGGAAGUUCAACCAUUACACCUGAUCAGUUGAUGAAUGUGUUCCAGAAGAACUAUGAUCUUCUGCUUGGUAUCUUCAAUCCAGAGGGUUGGCUGGAGAUCACAUAUGUUGACGAGUCCAUGCGCAUUGGAAGAGAUGAUAAAGGCAAUAUCUUCUUACUGGAAAGAUCAAAGCAGGAAAAUUCCUAAAUAGUUUUGUCAAGAGAAAUCAUUAUCCCCAUUUUUUUCAACCAACAUACAUUCCAUGUAUUCAUGUCAAUUUAAAUGAAAAGUAAUUUACACAGGGCA